CUCUGAUCUUAUUCUUUCUUAAACUCACGCGCCGCCGUCAGAAUGACCAUCUCCCACUUUCUCUCCGCCGCCUCGCAUUCCUCCACCGACACCGCCGGUGUUGAUUUUGACUGGUUACCCGGUUCCUCCAUCAAGCAAUGGAACUCUGAACUUCCCGACAGCUGGGGCGACGGUUCACUGACUUCACCGCCGCAACCCCAAACAAUUCAUCCACCAACUAACAAUAUUCUAUUUCACCAUACUUUUAGCCUCCUCAACCCUUAUCUCAAAACCAAUGGCCUUCUUCAACAAACCGGUUCGUCGCCGUCGCCACCGCCACCACCGCUCUCCUCCGAUAACGUCCUACACAAGCUAUCCCUUCCCGCCGGUGAUUUUCAGAGGAAUAAUCAGAGAGCAGAGAGUCCAGUUUCAUGUGAAAGUAGCAUCGCCAUUGAAGGGAUGAGCAGAGCUUGUAGGUACAGUCCAGAAGAGAAGAAGGAGAGAAUUCAAAGGUAUAGGAGCAAAAGAAACCAGAGGAACUUCAACAAGAAGAUUAAGUAUGCUUGUAGGAAGUCAUUGGCCGAUAGUCGACCAAGGAUUAGAGGACGAUUUGCAAGGUACAACGAUGACGUUGCAAAGAAUUAUCCAGUGCAAUGGAGUCAUGGGCAAGAGGAAGAACAAGGAGAAGAAGAAGAAGAAGAGGCAAAUUGUGAUGAUAAUUGGAUCAAGUACUUUGUAGAUGCAUAUUCUACGAAUCUUAUUCCAUGAAUCUCUCAAAAGCAAAAAAUAAUAAUGUAGCUCUAGUUGCAAUCGGCCUCUUCCAUUUUGACCAUCUUUCAGUUGCGUGAGAGUUUUACAUUGCUUAUUUAGGCUUCUCUCUCUCUUUUCUUUUUCUAUGUAUGGAACCCAAAGUUUGAGUUAGCUCUAACUAUAUUUGUAUUAAUAAUGGUGAAGGGUAAUAAUUAUAAUAUUUAAUCGAUAA